UGCAAGCAUAUGCAUGGGAGCAUGUGUGGUGUAAGCCUUGAACUUAUAUGUAAAUGCUGAUUUGUGUGCAUGACCAGGUCUGAGCCUGCACCAGAAUAAAAAGAAACUAAGGACUGGAAGAAGGAAUUGGCAGAUCUUCUGAGAAAGCCGACCUGGAUUGACACUGGGUUUUAAAUUCUCCCUUUUAUCUGGCUUCACCAACCUUAGAGGACACCAAAAAGAGCAAUAUGAGUGAAAGAGAAGAGAAAUUUUCAGAAACCUCUGUCCAAAUAACUGAAGCUGCCCCACAGAUUGUGGGUGGCACUGAAGUAAGUUACUUUGGUACCCCUGGCAACAUUUAUUCUGCCAUUUUGAGUCGCAAUGAGGCAGUUAAAGAUGCCAGGCGCCUCAAGGACUUUGAGGAGCUCAAAGACAAAUACGCGAGUAAGAAGGUGCUCUUUGAAGACCCGCUGUUCCCUGCUCGGGACUCCUCUCUCUUUUACAGUGAAAAGUUCCCGCUGAAGUUAGAAUGGAAGCGCCCGGCGGAGAUUUGUAGCAAUCCACAGUUCAUUCUUGGGGGAGCCAACAGGACAGAUAUCUGCCAAGGAGACCUGGGAGACUGCUGGUUGCUGGCUGCCAUAGCUUGCCUGACUCUGAAUAAAGUACUGCUGCAAAGAGUGGUUCCACAUGACCAGACCUUCUCUGAAAGCUAUGCAGGCAUUUUCCAUUUCCAGUUCUGGCGCUAUGGUGAGUGGGUGGAUGUGGUUGUGGACGAUCGACUUCCAACGUAUAAAAACCAGUUGGUGUUCACCAGAUCUGGACAAAAGAAUGAAUUUUGGAGUGCUCUUUUAGAGAAGGCAUACGCGAAGUUACACGGUUCUUAUGAAGCCUUAAAGGGAGGAAACACACUGGAGGCCAUGGAGGACUUUACCGGAGGAGUAACCGAGUUUUAUGAGAUUUCAGAGGCACCUAAAGAGUUGUACCAUAUUAUGAGGAAAGCUUUGGAGAGAGGGUCCCUCGUGGGCUGCUCGAUAGAUACAUUGGUUCCAACUGCUCAGAUGACUAAAACUGUAUCUGGACUUGUAAGAGGACAUGCAUACUCAGUCACUGGAGUUGAGCAGGGUAAGCGUAAGGAUGGUAAGGACCUAAAGAUCCGUAUUGUUCGUGUACGAGACCCAUGGGGAGUAAACCCCCCUCCCGCCUGUAGGUCUGAUGAAUGGGCUGCACUAGCCACCACUGAACAAGACAAAGAGAGACUCCGACCCACAGAACGAGGGGAGUUCUGGAUGGGCUUUGAGGAGUUUCAAAAGAACUUCACAAAACUGGAGAUCUGUAAUCUUACUCCAGACACCCUGCAGGAUGACCAGAUGUUGAAGUGGAAUGUGACCGUGCAUGAGGGCCGAUGGGUAAGAGGAUGCUCUGCUGGUGGCUGCAGAAACUUUCCAGACACAUUCUGGACGAACCCUCAGUACCGUCUGAUUCUUCUGGAGGCAGAUGUCAAGCGGAAGACCUGCACUGUGGUGGUGGCACUGAUGCAGAAAGGCAGACGUAGCGAGCGCUGUGCAGGUGGCACCCUAUACAACAUUGGGUUCGCCAUCUAUGAGGUUCCUCAAGAGAUGAAAGGCAACCAACAACCGCUGCCAAAAGAUUUCUUCCUUUAUAAUGCAUCAAAAGCCCGCUCUAAGUCUUACGUCAACAUGCGUGAAGUAACAGAGCGUUUCUGUCUAAAUCCAGGAGAGUAUGUCAUCAUUCCCUCCACUUUUGAUCCUCAUAAGGAGAGUGAGUUUCUUCUCAGGGUCUUCUCUGAAAACUGGAGCACCUCAGAGGUUAUAGAUGCAGAAAUUGAGGCGGGGCUUGUGGAGACAGAUGCCAAGAAGAAAAUCAAGCUAAUUAGGCCUCUUGAGGAAGAAACUGAAGAGGAGAAACAGUUCAGGGCCAUCUUUCAACAGAUUGCUGGAGACGACAUGCAGAUCAACGCCUACGAACUCAGGACUGUCCUUAACAGAGCGACUGCCAAACACAAAGAGCUGAAAACAGAAGGUUUCAGUCUGGAGAGCUGUAGAAGUAUGAUUGCUCUCAUGGAUACUGAUGGAACAGGACACCUAAAUCUUCUAGAGUUCAAGCACUUGUGGAACAAGAUUAAACAGUGGAAGCUGGUUUUCACACGGUACGACACAGAUAAAUCCAGUACAAUCAGCAGCUUUGAGAUGAGAAACGCAGUAAAUGAUGCAGGUUUCCAACUCAACAAUCAGCUCUUUGAUAUUAUUGCCAUGCGUUAUGCUAAUGAACGCUUGGAACUGGAUUUCGACAGCUACAUUAGCUGCCUGGUGCGACUCGAGGGAAUGUUCAGGGCAUUUAGAGCUUUUGACAAGGAUGGAGAUGGCCUUAUCAAGCUUAAUGUUUCUGAGUGGCUCCAGCUGACCAUGUACGCCUAAACAACAUCUGCCAUUUCAGCUGCAUUCAGUGGUGCAUCACAGACACAUAUGAACCAGUGUUGUGCAAAUUUCCAAAAGGUUUCAGUUCUUCAGAGGAUUGUUGUCUGGAAACAAACUAAAAUUUGAGCUACAAGAUAGAUCAUGGUCAUUAAACUCUGUCAUGUGACGCAAUCAUUUGGUUUCCG